CCGAGUAAGGUUGUGCGUGUUGGUAUGCAUGUUUUGCAUACAUGACGUUGUUAUACAAAAGGCUCUCGUAUCUCAAGAACAAAUAGACCUCAAACGCGGUGUAUAAUGCGCCGGAAUUGCAAACUAAUUCUUCUAGUGACUUUAGUGUGGACGUUAAUUGCUGUAGUUUAUUUAAACAAAGUGAAAUAUGACAAGAAUGAAAAUUUGGCUUUGCGGUUGCAGCAGCCAGCGUCAGCCAAUGAGCGCUUGCCACGUCACAGCCCUCAUGCUGGAGUUGCCAUCGACCGCCAUACCUACAAUGGCUCUUACAACACUUCCUCCUCUAAACUCUCGCAGCUCGAGAAAACUACACAUUCUAAAUUCAAGUUCAAUAAAUUUAACAUAAUUCCCAGCAUAUUUGGGAAUUCUUAUAACGAUAACACGGGAGAGUUUUUAGAUGAGAAGGCGUAUAUAAGAGCGGCAACCGUGAAGCCAGGCGCUGACGCUUACUCGAGGAAUAAGUUCAACCAAGCCGAGAGCGACAGACUUGCCAGCAACAGAGCCAUUCCCGACACCAGGAAUGCCAUGUGCCGAAGCAUUACCUGGGAUCACCUCUCAUUACCAGCCACGUCCGUCAUAAUCACCUUCCACAACGAGGCGCGCUCUACGCUGCUGCGCACCGUCGUCAGUGUGCUGAACCGCAGCCCGCCACACCUCGUCCAGGAGAUCGUCCUCGUCGACGACUUCAGCGACGAUCCGUCCGAUGGAGCGGAGCUGGCCAAGAUACAGAAGGUGCGCGUGCUGCGGAACACUAAAAGAGAAGGUCUGAUGCGGUCACGGGUGCGGGGAGCGGAGGCGGCCACGGCGUCGGUGCUGACGUUCCUGGACAGUCACUGCGAGUGCAACGUCCAGUGGCUGCAGCCGCUGCUGGCCCGCGUCCAUGAGGUGCGUUGUGUCCAUCAGGACCCUUCACUAACCCCACGUGCCCCCAGAACCCCGAUGAUCGCCGGGGGGCUGUUCAUGAUCAACAAGCAAUACUUCGAGAAGCUCGGCAAGUACGACAUGGACAUGGACAUCUGGGGCGGCGAGAACCUCGAAAUCAGUUUCCGGGUGUGGCAGUGCGGCGGCAGCCUGGAGAUCGUGCCGUGCUCGCGGGUAGGCCACGUGUUCCGGAAGCAGCACCCGUACAGCUUCCCUGGGGGCUCCGGCAACGUCUUCGCCCGCAACACUCGACGAGCCGCAGAGGUUUGGAUGGAUGACUACAAGAAAUUUUACUACAACGCAGUGCCGCUUGCCAAGACCAUCAAUUAUGGCAACAUUGAGAGUCGACUAGAACUGCGCAGGCAGCUGUCAUGCCGCAGCUUCCGCUGGUAUCUGGAGACCGUGUACCCUGAACUUAAGACCCCUGACGGAGGGCAUCAGACCGUGGGGUCUUUCAAACAAGGUCUUAAGUGUCUAGAUACCCUCGGGCACCAUUCCGAGGGCACCGUAGGCAUCUUCACGUGCCAUGGCAACGGGGGAAAUCAGGAGUGGACGGUGACGCUGGACGGCCUCGUGAAGCACAGGGAGCUGUGCCUCAUGGUGGGUUAUUCUGACCCACCUCUCCUGGUGGGUUAUUCUGACCCACCUCUCCUGAAGUGGGAGCGUGCAGGAGGGGAGCGGCUGCUGAAGGCGGCGACGCAGGAGUUGUGCGCGGACAGCGCGCGUCACGGCAGCGUCACGGCCGAGCGCUGCGACGCUGCCGUCCUUACGCAGCGCUGGCACUUCACUAAAAACUAA